AGAGAGCGAGGCAGGGGAAGAGGGAGGGAUGAGUGGAGAGGCAGAGCAGAAGAAAGGCGAUGUCACCUCUAGCAGGAAGCCAAUGAGAGCGAGGGAGGCAGAGAGAGAGAGGGAGAGAGGGUGUGUUUUUGUAUCACUGCAGCAUCAGCACAGAGAGAGAGGAGAGGGCACAAUCAAUUUGAUAGAGAGAGGGGAAGAGAGAGAGAGCGAGGGGAAGAAAACAAGGAGGACAGAGGAAAAGGAGAAUCAACAUCCCUGAGGCCAUCUUUUAAACCUGUGGAGGGAAGACUGCAGGAGGGUGUGGACCUGAGCGAAAAAGAGAGAAAAUAGAGAGAGAGGGUGAGAGCCAAAGGAAACCAGGAGAAAAAGGUAGAAGAAAAGGAAGAGAAACUCUGGCUGAACAUCGGGCGUGACAACAGAGACGCUCGCUCGGCAGGAGUGUGUGCAGAUUGCCCUCUGUGUGCGUUUCCCGUGUGUGUUGAGCAGGUGGGACUUUGAUGGGACAGUGAGCAAUGCCUCACACUCCGCAACAUCAGGUUGGCAGUAGGGGGCGACGCCCCCAUCUCCUCCUCCUCCCUCUCUUCUCUCUCCUCCUAUCCCACGCCCCCCAGCUCAGCCAAGGAGCCAUACACAUACCUUCUAACUACCAAAUAAAUGAAUUUAAGAAACCCCCAGUGAUCACCACCCAGCCUGAGUCCAUCACUGUGUUCGGUGCAGAAGACAUCCUCCUGACCUGCGAAGCAUCAGGGAACCCUCCUCCCGAUUUCCGCUGGACUAAAGAUGGGGAAGAAUUUAUCCCUGCCAAUGACCCGGGCCUGUCGGUGUCUCCGGGUUCUGGAACCUUCAUGAAAACCGGGGUGGUGUCAGGCCCCAUGAGCCAAUACAAGGCCAAAUACAUCUGCUACGCUGAAAACGCAUUAGGAACUGCUGUGUCUAACGAGGUUCAGCUCAUCACUGAGAACACCCCGGCCCUGCAGAAAGAGCAGAAGGUGAAGAAGAAGGUGGAGGAAGGAGAGAGUGUGGUACUGAAAUGUAACCCUCCCUUCAGCACUGUUCCUCCUGUCAUCCACUGGAUGGACGAGCGAAUGCAUCACAUUGAGCUAAAUGAUCGUGUAACCCAGGGCCGGGACGGGAACCUAUACUUCUCUCACGUCACCGUCGAUGACACCCGUAUUGACUACACCUGUAACGCCCAGUACCUCAGCGCUCGCACCAUCCUCUCCAAGGAACCCAUCACCCUGACUGUUACAACCUCUAACUCAGUGGUUCGGAGCCGAAGGCCCCAGAUGAUGAGGCCCUCGGGGACCCACAGCACUUACCUCGCCCUCCGGGGCCAGAGCCUGGAGCUAGAGUGCAUCGUCCAGGGCCGCCCUACCCCUACAGUCCAGUGGGUGAGGAAGGACGGUCAGCUGUCCGAGUCCCGUACGUCCAGACAUCUGUUUGACCGUCUGCUGCGCAUCAGCAACAUCUCAGAUAGCGACGGGGGAGAGUACCAGUGUUCAGUCAACAACUCACAGGGCAAGGUCACACACACCUACACCGUUAGCGUCGAAGCGGCUCCAUACUGGACCAAGGAGCCAGUAAGCCAGCUCUAUGCCCCAGGAGAGACGGUGAAACUGGACUGUCAGGCUGAUGGCAUCCCGUCUCCUGCUGUCGCCUGGAGCAUCAACGGAAAACCCAUCACAGGCAAAGACCCAACCCCUAGGCGUACUAUGAGAGAUGGAACUGUGAUUCUGAUAGAUGUGGUCUUCACUGAUACAGCAGUCUACCAGUGUCAGGCCCACAACAAACACGGAACCAUCCUAGUCAAUACCUACAUCUUCGUCAUCGAACUGCCUCCUCAGAUCCUGAAUGCUGACGGACAGAAGUACAACUUCACAGAGGGACAGAAGGCUGUACUGCAGUGUCAGACCUUCGGCUCUCCCAGACCUAAAGUAACAUGGGAGAGGAACAGCAGCGCUUCUCUACUGGCUGAGCCCAGGGUUAACCUGCUGACCAAUGGAAACCUCCAGAUCACCAACGUCUCCCACGGCGACGAGGGCCUGUACACCUGCUCCGUUAGCAAUACCAACCUGUCAAUCAACGCUGACCUGGAUGUCAUGAACAGGACAGUGAUCCUGUCUCCUCCUGGGUCUCUGCUUGUUCAGCCUGGUAAGACGGCCAUCUUUACCUGCCUGGCACAGGUGGACCCCAAACUGACCCCUCCACACAUUCAGUGGAAGAGGAGCGGACAGGAACUCUUUCAGUCAUACGCCGAGGACAAGUACACAUUUGAGGGCCCAGACCUGAUUGUGGCCAAUGUGCAGACAGAAGACGAGGGUGUUUACACCUGUGAGGUCAUCACCAACCUGGACAGGGUUGAGGCCAGCGGGUCCAUCAUUAUAGUCGACCGUCCAGACCCCCCCACCCAGCUCCAGGUCUCUGACCCUAAGGACCGCAAUGUCACCCUGAGUUGGACCGCAGGAGAUGACCACAACAGCCCUGUCAUAGUGUUUGUGGUGGAGUUUGAAGAUGGUGACUCUAAGGAGCGGGGUUGGGAGGAGCUGAAGAGAGUCAGUGGAACUCAUGAGAGCGUGACCAUUUCUCUGCAACCAUACAUGUCCUACCGCUUCCGGGUCAUCUCCAUCAACAACAUCGGGAAGAGUGACCCCAGCAUGCCCUCUGACCUUCACAGCACCCCACCUCAAGCUCCAGACAAUAACCCAGAGAAUGUGAGGAGUGAGUCUACAGACCCAGACACCCUGGUCAUCACAUGGGAGGAGAUGGACAGGCGUGUGUUUAACGGCCCAGAGUUCCACUACAAGGUGUUCUGGAAAAGGGUGGUAGGUGACACAACCUGGUACUCUAAUGUCUCCACUGAGCCACCGUACAUCGUCACUGAAGUGGGCAACUUCUCCGCCUUUCAAAUCAAAGUUCAGGCUGCCAAUCAGAAAGGAGAGGGACCUGAGCUAGACCCUGUGACUGGUUACUCUGGAGAGGACAUCCCCCUGAAGGCUCCUCAGAAUGUGGCUAUGGUGCUGCUCAACAGUUCAGCCAUCAGGGUGACAUGGGAACCAGUGAACGAAAAGACUGUCAGAGGACACCUGCUGGGAUAUAAGAUCCACCUGCUGAGGUUUGGCUCCAGGGGCCACCACCAAGGCCGUAGGGCUAGAGAGCCAGACACCAGUGUUGAGGUGGAGACAGGGCCCAAAGAGGAGAAGAGGGUCCUGGGGGGACUCAGACCCUACUCUCACUACACCAUCACUGUCACUGUGUUCAACAGCAAGGGAGAGGGCCCCCCCUCCAAGACCCUGUCCUUUGAAACUAACGAGGGAGCUCCUGGCCCCCCGAUGUCCUUACGCCUGGACAGCCAUGCAGGCACAGAGAUGACCCUACACUGGACACCUCCUGCCCAACCCAACGGAGUUCUCAAAGGAUACCUGCUGCAGUACCAGAUCGUAAAGAGUGACAGCCCGAUGCAGGUGGAGACGAUAGACGAUCACAAGGUCACUCACCUGACCCUGAAGCAGUUGGACCCUCACAGCCGCUACCGCUUCUACCUGAGGGGGCGCACCUCGGCCGGGGACGGAGAGCCUAUCACCAGGGAGGGAGCUACCACACUGGACGGAGCUCCUCCGUCCAACAUCAGCUUGUAUGUAGGAGAGAAGUCUGUUAACCUGAGCUGGGUGCCAGGCCAGAGACAGAGGAGUGUGAGCUUCCAGGUCCAGUACCUCAACAAGCAAGACGGUGGGAAGUGGAAGCAGUCUGAGAAGCUGAACUCGUCUGCAUCAUUCUACCAGCUGAAAGGUCUGACCCCGGGGUCACAGUACCGCCUCAGAUUCACCUUCAGCAACAACACCUUCUGGGAGACUGAGAUCACCACAAAGGGAGCAGGGGUGAUGGAUGUGCAGACAGGCUUUGCUACUCAGGGCUGGUUUAUUGGGCUUGUGAGCGCCAUCGUGCUGUUGCUGCUGGUGCUGCUCAUCCUCUGCUUUAUCAAGAGAGGCAAAGGGGGAAAGUAUUCAGUCAAAGAUAAGGAGGAGGGUCAGGUAGACUCUGAGGCGCGCCCUAUGAAGGAUGAAACAUUCGGAGAGUACAGUGACAACGAGGAGAAGCGGACAGCCAGCCAGCCGUCUCUGUGUGAUGAGAGCAAACUGUGUAUCAGUGACGACAACCUGGAUGGCUAUAACAACGGUAGCAUUGCUGUCACCGAGGUGACCAUGGAAGACUCCCUGGUCAGCCAGUACAGCCGACCCAGUGAAGCCACCCCGGACCCGGGCACACUGCAGGACAGCUCCCCCCUCAAUCCCAACACCACCACCAAUGGCCUGCCCAACUCGGCUGCCAUUUUAGAUUAGGCUAGUUAGUUAGAGGUGGCCGUUUUAGAUAAUCCCAUUGCCUUAGUAACUGUUUAUCUGUUAGACCAAAAUAUCUCUGUCAACUACAGUACAACAUGUCAACAAUAUAAACAUGCCCACUGCCCACACACUCCUAGCUAUCUCUAACACAUCUAUCUAUCUAGCUAUCUACUUGACUGACUUUUCCAUUGAUAAGAUCACUGACUAUAUGAUCAAUAUACUACUGACCAUUCAGAAGCAUCUGUUAUUCUACAAUGUUAUCUAUCUAGCCAUAUACAGUAUUAUAGAUAUGUACAACAUGUUCAUUAUGAGUUCCAGGGCCUACUGGCCCUCAACACAGAGCACCAGAUUACAUCCUUACUCUUAGUCCUUAGUCCUCUCUUAUCUACUCUACUCCUCUUUUAUCCACUCGGCUCCUCUCUUAUCUACUCUAUUCCUCUCUUAUCUACUCUACUCCUCUCUAAUCUACUAUACUCCUCUCUAAUCUACUCUACUCCUCUCUUAUCUACUCUACUCCUCUCUAAUCUACUCUACUCCUCUCUUAUCUACUCUAGUCCUCUUUUAUCUACUCUACUCCUCUUUUAUCCACUCGGCUCCUCUCUUAUCUACUCUAUUCCUCUCUUAUCUACUCUACUCCUCUCUAAUCUACUCUACUCCUCUCUUAUCUACUCUAGUCCUCUUUUAUCUACUCUACUCCUCUUUUAUCCACUCGGCUCCUCUCUUAUCUACUCUAUUCCUCUCUUAUCUACUCUACUCCUCUCUAAUCUACUCUACUCCUCUCUUAUCUACUCUAGUCCUCUUUUAUCUACUCUACUCCUCUUUUAUCCACUCGGCUCCUCUCUUAUCUACUCUAUUCCUCUCUUAUCUACUCUACUCCUCUCUAAUCUACUCUACUCCUCUCUUAUAUACUCUACUCCACUCUUAUCUACUCUACUAUACUCCUCUCUACUCUUAUCUACUCUACUCCUCUUCUCCUCUCUACUCUUAUAUACUCUUCUCUACUCCUCUCUACUCUUAUCUACUCCUCUCUUAUCUACUCUACUCCUCUCUAAUCUACUCUACUCCUCUCUAAUCUACUCUACUCCUCUCUAAUCUAUUCUACUCCUCUCUAAUCUACUCUACUCCUCUCUAAUCUACUCUACUCCUCUAUUAUCUACUCUACUCCUCUCUUAUCUACUUCUCUCUUAUCUACUCUACUUUACUCAUCUUCUCCUCUCUACUCUACUCCUCUACUCUACUCCUCUCUACUCUAAUCUACUCCUCUCUACUCUAAUCUACUCAAAUUCUCUACUCUAAUCUACUCCUCUCUACUCUACUCCUCUUCUCUACUCCAAUCUACUCCUCUCUUCUAAUCUACUCCUCUCUACUCUUCUCUAUUCUAAUCUACUCUUCUCUAUUCUAAUCUACUCCUCUCUUCUCUACUCCUCUCUACUCCUCUCUUCUCUACUCCUCUCUACUCUACUGUACUCUACUCCUCUCUACUCUACUGUACUCUACUCUCGCCUUUUCACCACAAGAGUGACUUCAUUAUUGGUAUGAUAUUGUAAUUUAUAUGUAGACCUCUAGCUUUCUGUAUCUAUUCUGUCUGUCUCUUUCUACGGUGUAUUAAACUGUCAGCUGAUAAAUGUCAUCUUUCCCAUACCUCUUCAUGUCAUAGUAUAGCAUAACAUAACACUAUUACACGCUAUAAUGUGUGGUAGGGCGCAGUAGUUCUGUAUAUUUACAGUUAGCUGCUAGUAAAAUACACACAUUCUCUCUAUCUUUCUUUCAUUCAAGCCAUGAACAAUGCACGCUGGCAAUCCAAAACAGGCUUUUACCUGAUCAGCAGAUUGGGCUGAAAGGCAUAUGCGUAGAUUGGUUGCUUUAUGCAUCUAAUGUGUAGAAUGUGUUCUUUGUAGGGCUGAGUAGGAAUAAUAUUUACAUGCCAAAAACUCUUUGUUUUGAAUUAGACAAUGGUAAGAAUGAUGACAAGAAGCAGACAGAAACAAGCAUUUAGAGAAGGAGAACAGAGGUAUCUCUCUAGAGAGGAACGAGACUUAGAAAGAUCACGUUUUUUUUUAAAUGUCGCUCUGAAUGUAAAUACAACCCAAAAUAUUGUUAUUUAUCGAUGAGUUUGUUGGAUAAAAAUGUGUGUUUUAAGUUUACUUUAAAGUUGACUUAAAAAUACAUUUAAUUAGUGUUUUAUAACAACGAACCUAUGAAUGAAUACUUGUUUUGAAGGUGAUGAUGGUGAUUUGGCUGUUAAAACAAAUAUUCAAUAGUACAGAAAAAAAGGCAAAAAAUGUAUCUUCACACCAUUUCAUGUUACAAACGCUCUAAAUGAAAACUAAAAAUAUACACUUUACAUCACUACUAGUAGAAGUGCGCAUGUGAGAUUUGGUUCUGGUUGUCGAGAUUAAUCAGUAGCUAAUGUCAUUUUAAAAUAUACAGUAGAAUCAAAACCCACCUAUUGAAAGCAGAGGUUAAAAAGUAGGAUAAUGUUCCUCAUGUACAUCAAUGUUUUGUUUCCUGACUUUAAAGUGUCCCUUUGCAGUCCAGUGAGUAUCUGUUGAGAGUCUAUGUACUGUGUCUGAAAAUGCAAUUUAUUCCCUAUGUAGUGCACUAAUUAUGGGACUAGGUUGCCAUUUCAUACACUUUUUGUGCUGAGGCAGUGUGAUGAUGAGGCAAGGAGGGAUGCAGUGAGCUAGCUUGUGAUGAAGCACCACAGGGAGCAUAUGCAAUGUGCUGGCUCUGCUCUCACUGCUCACCCAGUCAAUCUAGCCUACAGCCUAUUCUGAGACAGACCCAGGUUCAAAUAAGAUCAUUUUUAUUUCAAAGAAGAGUUUGAUUGGGCCUGCCUGGAUCGCCGGAGACCAAGGUUUGCACUUUUGGGACUCCUCUAUUUGUUCCAUUGUGCCAGGCAAUCUCAAUCAAGCACAGCUUGAAGUAUUUGAGAAAGGGUGAAUACUAUUUGAACCCAGGUCUGACUGCAAGCCAAACCGUUACUGUUCAGUGCAUCCCCAGGGAGAUGGGACAGAGAAAGUGGGAUUGUCUCUGGCUUGGCAGAAAGACAGUGGGUCUGAACGAGAGGUUUGAGUGAGCCCAGCUCCCUGUAGUUUGCUGUUACAGACACACUCAGGACAAAAACAUUUCUUUUCAGAAAUCUAUUUUCAUAUGGGAAUGAGAAAAUGAAGUAAUAUGCCAGUUAUUCUAUCACGACUAUGGAUUGCGUCACAAAUGGCUCCCUAUAUAGUGCACUACUUAUGACCAGAGCCCUUUGUGUUCAGAUAAAUAACCAUAUGCCCUGGUCAAAAGUGCACUAUAUGGGGAGGGUGCCAAUAAGAGCUGCUAACCAUCUGUGUUUAUCAUGGUGUGAUUUCAGGACAAAUGUUUGCUUUGAAUGAGUGAACUACUGAACACACAGAUACUCACUCUACUGCCUGCCAGCCUGCCUGCCUAUAUAUCUAUCUGGCUCUGCUUCUUACGUGGUCAGUGAGGAGAUCGUCUAAGCCAGACUUAGCGCUAAGCGUUUGUUUUUUCCCCUCUGUUACUUUCCUUUCCUGUUUUUUAUACUUACAACAUAAAAGCAAAUAAAAAAAGUGAAUAAGAAUUGCAUAUAGAGGAGAAUGACAGCAACGGCUUAUUUUAGGACAUGACAUUCAUGGUUUUAUAUUUGUGAUGGAGGGACACUGUGCACACUAUGUAUUUCACUGCCUGAGGGGAGUCAGAGUGCCUCUGUGUGCUUUGUGUGGGGUGCAACACUAGUCAAAUGGAUUUGGGGGACUGGAAGGUACAGUAGUGAAUUCACACCCUGGUCCCAGAUCUGUUUGGGUUGUAUCGCAAACUCCUAUGGUUGUUAUCAUGCUAAAGUCGUAGGAGUUGGCAAGACAGUACAAACCGAUCUGGGACUGGGCUAGUGUGCUCGUGCCAUUGGUUGAGACUGAAGUGAAGUGGGUUGGGAUCACUGUAUGGAGGGGGUCUUGCACUGUAUGUUGUGGGCCCAAUGACAAUGUAACUAUCUGCAUUAUGAAUCAGCUACGUGUAACUAAAUAUGUGAUUGAUUAAAUAAAAAGAACUUGGAACAAUCUGAACCAAAAGAGGCA